CUUUUCGUGCUGGUAGUUUGUUAUUAUAUUAUUAAUAGUUCUCACAGGCACCGUCUGUCACACACUGGACAAGAAUAAUGCUGUUAUUUUUUAUAUAAAAAACACUAAGGAAACACCAUGGGUAUUUUGGAAAAGAUUGCUGAUAUUGAGGCCGAGAUGGCCAGAACACAGAAGAACAAGGCCACUAUGUAUCACUUAGGCCUGCUAAAAGCAAGGCUGGCAAAAUUGAAGCGUGAACUGAUUGAGCCCAAAGGAGGGGGAGGUGGUGGCGCUGGAGAAGGCUUUGAUGUAGCCAAAACAGGAGAUGCAAGAAUAGGAUUCGUUGGCUUUCCGUCAGUUGGCAAAUCCACUCUGCUAAGUAACCUGGCUGGCGUGUACUCAGAGGUUGCUGCCUAUGAAUUCACCACUCUGACCACCGUACCUGGUGUAAUUAGGUACAAAGGUGCAAAAAUACAGUUGUUAGAUCUGCCAGGCAUUAUUGAAGGAGCCAAAGAUGGCAAAGGCCGAGGGAAACAGGUCAUAGCAGUGGCAAGAACAUGCAACAUUAUAUUUAUUGUUCUUGAUGUGUUGAAACCUUUACAACACAAGCGGCUUAUUGAGCAUGAGCUAGAAGGGUUUGGUAUCCGACUGAACAGGGAUCCACCAAACAUUGUCUUUAAAAGGAAAGAUAAAGGCGGCCUUAAUCUGACAGCAACAGUGAGUCAGUCCGAGCUGGACCAGGAUCUGGUGAAGACCAUCCUGGCGGAGUACAAGAUCCACAAUGCUGACAUCACACUACGCGGGGACUACACCACCGAGGACCUGAUUGACGUCAUAGAGGGCAACCGCAUCUACAUCCCUGCUAUCUAUGUCCUCAACAAAAUAGACCAAAUCUCAGUAGAGGAGUUGGACAUCAUUUACAAGAUACCUCACUGUGUGCCGAUCUCGGCUCACCACAAGUGGAACUUUGAUGAUCUGCUGGAAAUGAUGUGGGACUACCUGAGGCUGGUCAGAAUCUACACCAAACCUAAAGGACAGCUCCCUGAUUAUACAUCACCAAUUGUGCUUAAGAAUGGAAAGAGUUCUAUAGAAGAUUUCUGCGACAAAGUUCACAAGUCUAUCAUCAAAGAAUUCAAACACGCUCUUGUAUGGGGAUCCUCUGUUAAGCAUCAACCUCAGAAGGUGGGCAAAGACCACAUUCUCAAUGACGAGGAUGUUGUCCAGAUUGUGAAAAAGAUAUGAAGAGGAGUAUCAACUUUCAGAAUAUGGUCCUGGGACUCUAUAGUACUUCACAAGACUACACAUCUUUUCGUGCAUUCAUGCAGAUAAACUAUACAGUUAUAUACACGAGGAGAAUGUUUUAACCUUCUUGACAACUGAUAUUUAUUUGGUUGCAUGUAUAUGCAGUUUAGUUAAGGUUUGUUGAUAUUGCACACCUGUACAUCAUUAAUUUGUUCAUAAAUAUUCUCUAACUAUUAAAUGAUUAAAAAGAA